GGACCUGGGUAGACGGAGAAGCCGGAAACAGCGGGCUGGGGCAGCCAGUGCUUACACUGAAGAGGAAGGACGGGAGAGCAGUGUGUGUGUGUGUGUGUGUGUUUGUGUGUGUGUGUGUUUCUUUUUGGUGGUGGUGGUGGAGGGGGGGUGCUGGCAGGGCCAGCCCUGAACUCGCUGGACAGAGCUACAGACCCAUGGGGCCUGGCAGUGCCCGCUGAGAGAGGGAGAAGACAGCAGAGGGGUUGCCAAGGCACCCUCCUGACCCCAGAUCAUGUCUGUGUGGGGUCUGGUCCUCAAGAUGCCCCCAGAAAAGCUGCAGCGGCUCUAUGUCGACUUUCCCCAACACCUGCGGCAUCUCCUGGGUGACUGGCUGGAAAACCAGCCCUGGGAGUUCCUGGUUGGCUCAGAUGCCUUUUGCUGCAACAUGGCCAGUGCCCUACUUUCUGCCACUCUCCAGCACCUUCAGACCUUGGCCGGAGAGCAGGGGGAGGGAAGCGCCAUCUUGCAACACAUCAGCACCCUGGAGAGCAUAUAUCAGAGGGACCCCCUGAAGCUGGUGGCCACUUUCAAACACAUACUUCAAGGGGAGAGAAAAGCUGUUAUGGAACAGUUCCACCACCUGCCGAUGCCCUUCCACCGGAAGCAGGAGGAACUCAAGUUUAACACAGUCCUGCGGAGGCUGCAGCACCGAGUGGGCGAAACCCGCCUUCUCCGAGAAGCCCUGAAGCAGGGCGCUGAGGCUGGCCAAGUGUCUCUGCACAGCUUGAUAGAAACUCCUGCCAACGGGUCUGGGCCAAGUGAGGCCCUGGCUACAUUGCUGCAGGAGGCUGUCGCUGAGCUGGAGGCUGCCCAGGCCCUGGUGCUGAAGAGGAUCCAGAUUUGGAAGCGGCAGCAGCAGCUGGCAGGGAAUGGCGCCCCCUUCGAGGAGAGCCUGGCCUCACUACAGGAGAGGUGUGAGAGCCUGGUGGACAUUUAUUCCCAGCUGCAGCAGGAAGUGGGGGCGGCUGGUGGGGAGCUUGAGCCCAAGACCCGGGCAGUGCUGAUUAGCCGGCUAGAGGAAGUCCUGCGAACCCUCGUCACCAGCUCUUUCCUGGUGGAGAAGCAGCCCCCCCAGGUUCUGAAGACUCAGACCAAGUUCCAGGCCGGGGUUCGAUUCCUGCUGGGUCUACGGUUUCUGGGGGCCCCGGCCAAACCUCCGGUGGUCAGGGCCGACAUGGUGACUGAGAAGCAGGCGAGGGAGCUGAGCAUGCCCCAGGGGCCUGGGGCUGGCACAGAAAGCAGUGGGGAAAUCAUCAACAACACUGUGCCCCUGGAGAACAGCAUUCCUGGGAACUGCUGCUCUGCCCUGUUCAAGAACCUGCUUCUGAAGAAAAUCAAGCGGUGUGAGCGGAAGGGCACGGAGUCUGUCACUGAGGAGAAGUGUGCAGUGCUCUUCUCCACCAGCUUCGCGCUCGGCCCCAACAAACUCCACAUUCAGCUCCAGGCUCUGUCUCUGCCCCUGGUGGUCAUCGUCCAUGGCAACCAAGACAACAAUGCCAAAGCCACCAUCUUGUGGGACAAUGCCUUCUCGGAGAUGGACCGUGUGCCCUUUGUGGUGGCUGAGCGUGUGCCCUGGGAGAAGAUGUGUGAAACUCUGAACCUCAAGUUCAUGGCUGAGGUGGGGACCAACCGGGGGCUGCUCCCAGAGCACUUCCUCUUUUUGGCCCAGAAGAUCUUCAACGACAACAGCCUCAGCACAGAGGCCUUCCAGCACCGUUCUGUGUCCUGGUCACAGUUCAACAAGGAGAUCCUGCUGGGUCGUGGCUUCACCUUUUGGCAGUGGUUCGAUGGUGUCCUGGACCUCACCAAACGCUGUCUCCGGAGCUACUGGUCAGAUCGGUUGAUCAUUGGCUUCAUCAGCAAACAGUACGUCACUAGCCUCCUUCUCAAUGAGCCUGAUGGAACGUUCCUCCUUCGCUUCAGUGACUCAGAGAUUGGGGGCAUCACCAUUGCCCACGUCAUCCGGGGCCAGGACGGCUCCUCACAGAUAGAGAACAUCCAGCCCUUCUCUGCCAAAGACCUGUCCAUUCGCUCACUGGGGGACCGAAUCCGGGACCUUGCUCAGCUCAAAAACCUCUACCCUAAGAAACCCAAGGACGAGGCUUUCCGGAGUCACUACAAGCCUGAACAGAUGGGUAAGGAUGGCAGGGGUUAUGUCCCAGCUACCAUCAAGAUGACUGUGGAAAGGGACCAGCCACUUCCCACCCCAGAGCCCCAAAUGCCUACCAUGAUGCCCACUUAUGACCUUGGGAUGGCCCCUGACUCCUCCAUGAACAUGCAGCUCGGCCCAGACAUGGUGCCCCAAGUGUACCCACCACACUCCCACUCCAUGCCCUCAUAUCAAGGCCUCUCCCGGGAAGAAUCAGUCAGUGUGUUGCCAGCCUUCCCGGAACCUCACCUGCCGAUGCCCCCCACUCUGAGCCAGAUGAGCCUGCCCUUUGACCAAGCUCACCCCCAGGGCCUGCUGCCAUGCCAGCCUCAGGAGCAUGCCGUGUCCAGCCCUGAGCCCCUUCUCUGCUCAGACGUGACCAUGGCAGAAGAGAGCUGCCUGAGCCAGCCGGUGGGAGGGUUCCCUCAGGGCACCUGGGUCAGUGAAGACAUGUUCCCACCCUUGCUGCCGCCCACUGAACAGGACCUCACCAAGCUUCUCCUGGAGGGGCAAGGGGAGUCAGGGGGAGGGUCCUUAGGAGCCCAGCCCCUCCUGCAGCCUUCUCCCUAUGGGCAGUCUGGGAUCUCAAUGUCCCACCUGGACCUAAGGGCCAACCCCAGUUGGUGAUCCCAGCUGGAGAGGUAGCCCAGAGAGACAGCUCUUCUACCCCCACGGACCUGCUCUGGACACCUGCCCAUGCUCCUGCCAAGCAGCAGAUGGGGAGCGUGUCCUCCUAUCCCCACCUACUCCCUGGUCAGGAGGAAGAGACUUUGCCAGGAGAAUGCAGUGGGUGGAGCCUAUCCACUCCUUCCCCUCCUACCACACACCCCUUCAGGUUCCAAAGUGAGACACGCCUCAACACGCCUGCACACACACAAUGCACACACACAGCUCUCCUUGGGAGAUGGGGCUGAGCAGGAAGGGGGCUGGGCAAACACAGGUUAGGGCAUGGAGAGCUUCUCCACCCAUCCCAAGCCAGGGUCCAGGACGCACAUGUAGUAACAUGCAGACACGUGCACACACUUGCACUAGAGGCUGGGGAUGGAGCGAUGGGCUUGGGUUCCAGCCGGGGGGGAUGGGGAAGCGGUUCAGGAGACUCUGGGUGGGAGGAGACAAGAGGUCUGUACGUUCUGUUAAUGAUGUGGAUUUUGCUCAGGUUAAAAAACAAAUCCCAAACAGCCCAAAUUCCUGUCAUAUGGAAGCUUUCAGUGAUGCGUAUGAGAUUGUGUGAAAGUACAAGGGCUGUUUCUUCCCGUAUAGCUGUGUGAAAGUGUGUGUACCUGAGACAUGUUAAUCUAUAGAUGUCACGUGUUAGUUGUGUGGUCACACAGAAGAUGUAUCUGAUUUGCCUGUGUGACAACCCAAGUUUGGAAGAGUGAGACACUGCACAAAAGACAGCAGCGAGUGUGCUGGCCUCUCUGAUGUAUGUUAACCCAAAUGUACUCAGCUUUGAGUAUGACUGAGCACAGGAGGGUCUAUGUGGCUGUGACAUCUGCAUAUGGCUGUAACUUCGGUGGCUCAACACUGCCCAUCCUGCCCAGAAGCAGGGGGUGAGAGUCUGGGUCCCAGGCCCACAUGUGUGGUUCUCUCCGUGUAUUAAGGGGACCGACCCCCUGCUUUUCUACUUUCCCACCCACUGCCAGCUGCCCUCCACUCCCCCAUCCCAUGCCACUCUUUCUCCCUCUUCGGGGGUCAUAGAUCCUAAGCCAUAAAAUAAAUU